AUGGCGGGCGCUGAGGACACGCGGUCCCCGGGGCUCCCCCGACUCGCGUUCCCUUUGCUGCUGCUCUUCCUGUUACCUGCGCGCCCCACCUUCGGUGCCCCGCCCUACGAGCCCACCUGGGAGUCCCUGGACGCCCGCCCGCUGCCGGUCUGGUUCGACCAGGCCAAGUUCGGCAUCUUCAUCCACUGGGGCGUGUACUCCGUGCCCAGUUUUGGUAGCGAAUGGUUCUGGUGGUACUGGCAAGAGCAAAAGAAACCAGAGUAUGUGACAUUUAUGAAGCAAAAUUAUCCUCCCGACUUCAAAUAUGAAGAAUUUGGACCACAGUUUACAGCACAUUUUUUCAAUGCCAACACGUGGGCAGAUCUUCUUCAGGCUUCUGGUGCAAAAUACGUGGUCUUAACUACCAAACAUCAUGAAGGCUUCACCUUGUGGGGUUCAAAGUACACCUGGAACUGGAAUGCUGUAGAUGAAGGGCCAAAGAGGGACAUUGUCAAGGAACUUGAGGUAGCCAUUCGGGACAGAACUGACUUGCAUUUCGGAUUGUACUACUCCCUUUUCGAAUGGUUUAACCCGCUCUUCCUUGAGGACAAAUCCAGUUCAUUCCAUAAGCGGCAGUUUCCGGUUUCUAAGAUGUUGCCGGAGCUCUACGAGUUAGUGACCAACUAUCGGCCUGAGGUGUUGUGGGCAGAUGGUGAUGGAGGGGCCCCAGACUCCUAUUGGAACAGCACUGGCUUCUUAGCCUGGCUGUACAACGAGAGCCCAGUUCGGGACACCGUAGUCACCAACGAUCGUUGGGGAGCUGGGAGCAUCUGUAAGCAUGGCGGCUACUAUACCUGCAGUGACCGCUAUAACCCAGGACAUAUAUUGCCACAUAAAUGGGAAAAUUGCAUGACAUUAGACAAGGCUUCCUGGGGCUACAGGAGGAAUGCUGGAAUCUCUGACUAUCUGACAAUAGAAGAAUUGGUGAAGCAACUUGUAGAAACAGUUUCAUGUGGAGGAAAUCUUUUGAUGAAUAUUGGGCCCACACCAGAUGGCACAAUUUCUCCAAUUUUUGAGGAGCGGUUAAGACAAAUGGGGACCUGGCUAAAUGUGAAUGGGGAAGCUAUUUAUGGAACCCACGUUUGGAGAUCCCCGAAUGACACUGUCACGCCAGAUGUGUGGUACACAUCCAAACCAAAAGAAGAUUUGGUGUAUGCCCUUUUUCUUAAAUGGCCCACAUCAGGACAGCUGUUUCUUGGCCAACCCAAAGCUACUUUCGGUUCAACAACGGUAAAACUCCUGGGACAUGGACAGUCACUUAAGUGGACUUCUUCAGAACAAACUGGUAUUAUGGUAAAUCUGCCCCAUCUCACUAUCAAUCAGUUUCCCUGUAAAUGGGGCUGGGCUCUGGAACUGACCAGUGUGCUCUAG